AGCUCAUUUUGGUGAACAGCUCCGAACCGAUCAGCUCACCAAAGUGAAUCGAUUCGAUGUAUCAGCUCAUCAGCUCUUUUGGUUUAAACUUAAGGUUCAUUUUGUACGCCGUUUUUCUUAUGCACCGGUUUUCUUUCAUAUGCAUGAUCGAAAUUGAAUCAUUGAUUUGCAAUGAAUGCAAUGCGAAUUAACUUAUCUUUAAUUGAUGUCGACUAAAUUGAAUCUCUUAAAGAGCCGAAGAUCCGAUCAGCUCGUAGCGUGUUCCCUUCGUCAUAAUGCAGUGAACUGGGUAGCAAAUGAGUGAGCUGGUGAGCUGCGGUUCUUUUGAAAAGAGCUGUGAGCUGUCAGCUCACUUCAAUGAUUCGAUUCACUGGAACAGCUCAGGAGCGAAUUGCCCAUCUCUAGUUAUUACUUAUUUCAAUACAAAUUUAGUAUAAUAAGUUAGUGCUUGUUUCAAUACAAAUUUUCUUAUAAGUAGAAUCAAGUAAAUCGGGAUGGAUAAAAUAUUCACAGAGCAUCCAUGGGAUGAUGAAGAUUCAUCAAAAAGCAAACAGAUUUUUCUUAGCUUCAAAACUGGCGCGUCCAAAAAGAGACAAACUUGUCGCGUAAAUCAUCAGAACGAAGCGUCAUUGCAUGAGCCAGGUAGAUUUGUGCGAGCCCCUCUGCCAACUGAUUUAACAGUUGAACGUAUUAACAAUGGUAAAUCCCGGAAAAGACCUGAAACUAAAACAAUUGAUGAAAUAGAACAAAUUGAAAGGCAAGAUUUGCGUGUUGGGAAAAAAGUCAAAUCUAAACAAAACGGUAACUUGUUACCAAAGCAGUCAAGUGUUAAAUUACAGCCCACGAGUAAAACCAUUAACUUCCGGAAAAAAUUGGUAGACAGUUUGAAAGGCUCCCGGUUUCGUUUUCUGAAUGAGCAACUAUAUAAAACUACCGGAGAGGAUGCCAAGAAACUUUUUCAACGAGAUCCCAGUGCAUUUCAAGCCUAUCACGAAGGUUACCGACACCAGAUUGAGCAAUGGUCCGUAAAUCCAUUGGAUCGAAUAAUUAAAAGCAUUCUUAAACUUCCCAAAGAUUACCUAGUUGCUGAUUUCGGAUGUGGAGAGGCUCGUCUAGCUGAAGCUGUUCCCCAUAAUGUGUACUCCCUUGAUUUGGUCGCAAUAAACAACAGUGUGAUUGCUUGUGAUAUGGCCAACACUCCACUGGAAACCAACUCCGUUAAUGUGGUGGUAUUUUGUUUGUCUCUCAUGGGGACAAAUUUGAGAGAUUUUCUUCUGGAAGCAAACAGAAUAAUGAAAACAGGUGCUUUACUCAAAAUUGCCGAAGUUUCGUCCCGAUUUGACAACGUGAAAGAGUUUAUCGAUUGCGUUCACAAGUGUGGUUUCCUGCUAGAAAACAAAGAUCUCAAGCACAAACUAUUCUACUUCUUUAACUUUAAGAAGGUGCGAACGGUUGAGAAAAGAUCCUUGAAAAGUAAGCAAUUUAGUCUCAAACCUUGCCUUUAUAAAAAACGAUAACAAUGCCUAAAUGAUGUAAUAAAGCUAUUUAUCGUGAGCUGAUUUUGUAUUGUGAUUGAGAACUCAAUUGAUUAUGAUUCAACAGUACCGGUUUACUUUAUCACAAUUCAAAUCAAUGCUGCUUCAGCAUCGAAACAUCAUUCAUCUUCCUUUGCCGUUGCUCGAUAAUCGCAUCGGUAAUCGGAUUUUCUACAAUCGGAAGC